AUGGCGGCGGGGCAAGCGCCAGACGCCGCUGCGCCGAGGCCAGCCGCGCAGCGCCCCUUGCCCGGCGCCGCGCCCGGAGGGCAGGACCCGCUGGAGGCGCAGGACAGAGAGAUCGCGCACUUCGCCACCGCCUGGGGGCUCGACUUCGAGUGUGUGGCGGCCCUCGCGCGGCAGCGCCCCGAGGUCGUUCAGCGGAUGCUGGGCAGCUUCAGCCCCAAGGAGACCGCGGCACGCCGCGGGCAGCGGAUUCAUGGGUUUCUUGAGGUCCGUGGUCGCCGCGCCCCCAGACGCAGCGAAAGGUGCCCCGGCACGCGGCCUGAAACGCCCUGCGUCCUGGCCUGCUGCAGCGGGCGGCCCCCGCGGCAAGGCGACGGCACCGGUGCUGGCG